AAUGCAGCUGCGCCAUUUCUCCUUUGUCUUCCGAGGAGAGCGCAGCUAUUCACUCCAUUAGAUACCGACCGGGCUUUGAAACUCGAUCGUCAAUUGCUACCGGACGCUGCUGUUAUUUAUUGUAGUUUUGAUUACGCAGGCAAAGCAAACAAAACGAGCAAAGCUUUUUUGUUCGCGGUAUUUUUUGCAGACAAGCGAACGCUACUAAAAGUGAGACCGCCAUAAAUUCCAGCCCUGCAAAGAAGAAAAUCAAAAUGGAAGACUCCAAGUACCUCCCAGAGCUGUUAGCAGAAAAGGACAGCUUGGAUUCAUCAUUCACACACGCCAUGAAACUUAUUACUGCAGAGAUUGAGAGGAUUCAGAAGGGUGAAACUAAAAAAGAGCCAGAAAAAGAGACUUAUCUGGACCUAUUUGCAACCAAGAGUCUGAAACUCAAAGAGCGAGUACUUAUUCCUACCAAGCAAUAUCCCAGGGUCAACUUUGUCGGAAAGCUUUUGGGACCCCAGGGUAGCACCAUCAAGAGACUCCAGGAAGAAACUGGGGCUAAAAUCUCUGUUCUUGGAAAAGGCUCCAUGAGAGACAAGAAUAAGGAGGAAGAGCUCAGGAAGGGUGGUGAAGCAAAAUAUGCCCAUCUGGCCAUGGAGCUGCACGUAUUCAUUGAGGUUACAGCACCCAUACCAGAGGCCUAUGUGCGCAUGGCUCAUGCCAUGGAUGAGGUCAAGAAGUUCCUUAUCCCAGAGCCUGGUGAGCAGGACCCAUACAUGGAUCCCCAUUUCCUGAACGGAUCCCAGGAUGGUUCAGGGAGGGGGCGAGGUGGUCUUGGAAGAGGUAGAGGUGGACCACCAGGCACUGGUGGACCAAGGGGACGAGGAAUGCCCCGUGGGGCCCUUCGAGGAGCAAUGCGUGGUGGAGCACCACGUGGAGGACCAGGUCGAGGCAGCGCUCCAAGAGGGGCACCAACUGGUAGGGGUGGACCACCCUCUGCUCCUUCAAGAGGAGGCUCAGCUGCCCGCUCCAGACCGCCCACAUCGGGUGCUCCAAGGAUGCUCCCCUCUGGAGCCAUGUCUCACCAACAGCACCAGGUUCCUCCUUCAGGCUCGCAGCAAAAACCCGAUGCUUAUGAAGACUAUCCUUCAUAUGAAGAGCCGUAUGCUGAGCCCGGCUAUGAGGGAUAUGAUAAUUAUUACAGUCAGCAGUCUGCACCAGCGGAUACUGAAUAUUAUGAUUAUGGACAUGGUGAAGCCCAGGAAGCAGCAUACGAGCCUUAUGCUCAAGACGACUGGGAUAACUCAUGGUCCGGCGCUGGGGCUGGAGGCAAGGCACCACCAUCACGACAGGCGAAAGGAUCAUACAGAGAGCAUCCAUAUGGACGAUACUGAACGACUACUGGUUGAGAGUUGCUAUGGCAACUGUCUCCGAUUGUAACUGGCUAACUUUUGAAAAGUAAUUUCCCUCUUGUUCCUUUUUUAUGGUUUAUUUUAUUUUAGUUUUUUAAACUCGGUAGAAAUUUUGUUGGAUGUGUCAGAGGGGAUAAACAUGAACACAGUUUAUUUUUUGUCUGUUUCCACUUACUGCUUUAGUUAAGUUCCUAGUGGCAUAAACCUAACAAAAGAACUAGUGACAUUUUCGUGUUUGAUGGGUAUUUCAGUUAAUGGCUCUUUAACUGUGAUUGUGGCGAAAAACUCAUGUAGGCUGCAUUUUCAAAAGUAAGUCAUAACUGGACAAAAACUAUUCAUAAUGCCUCGAUGUUAACUAUCACUAAAACGCUUAUAGAUAAAAAAUGCAAAUACAGCCUUGACGUAUUUUGAUGAGCAUCAAAAGUCUUGUUGCAUUGCAAAUCUAGUCUUGUGGGGAAUUUAGAAUCUCCUAAAAUAUUGUAGAAGUCAUUUGACAAAGAGUAAAGGCCUCUUUUUGCCAACUUUCACAAUUUGGUAUAUUUAAAAUUCGUCCUGUAACUUGCAAAAUUAUUACAAAUUCUUGUUUUUGAGUAAUUGAAGGAAUACAAUCCGUGCUGUGUGUAAGGAAGGCUGCAGCGAUCAAUAUUUUGUUCAUAACCAUAGGCUAAUUGUGUAUGCUUUUAAGUCGUGCCGUCUCCAAAAUGCAUUAUACUUGUGUACAUUUUGACUAAAUAGGAUACCAAACGCAUCCCAAAAUGUUUUUCUGCAGUUCGUGUUUCAAUAAAGUUUCUAGUUUCUUUAUAAUCAAUCUAAACUUGGUAUUUUGCCUUUGUUGUACCAAAGGAAUGCCUUCGGUUUGUGAAAAUGGUCCUCCUGAAUAAUCUGUAUGUAUACACGUCAACUUGAUCUUAAAACCUCCCCCACUCUCUCCCCCCAAAAAGCAGUGUUUUGCCAGUGAGCUUAUCCUCUUCGCCUGUUUUCAAAACUAGAUGACACUUGUAAUGUCAACCAUCAAAACGCAAAAUAAAGCUCAUCAUUCCUUGA